AUGCCGCGUGCGCAGCCUUCCCAGCCGCGAGGCGGGAGACGAGGCAGAGGGACUGCAUCACGCACAAAUGCAUCGGAAGUCAAAGAAGCCUCACGGAGCGAGCCGCCGGAGCCGCCGCCGCCCCGGAAUCGGCGCUCGUCUCCUCCCUGCCUCGAGCCGCAUUCGGCCUCCGCGUCCCCUCGCUCCGCGAACGCGCGACGAUGUCGCAGCCGGGACGGCGCUUCGAGCGGCGGCGCAGCAGGGCGCUCUGCGCGAGGGGCGAGCCGGUCUUCAAGAGGAGAAAACGAAACUCGGGCGGGCGGGAGCGACAGCGCACGCGGAGACGCGCCAGUGCCACAAGGCCUCCGAGACCGCGCGCCCGGAGGCUCCUUCCCCGUGUCCUUGGUGCCGGAGACCGUCGCUGAGAUCUCUGGCGAUGUCUGCGGCUGCUGCCUGGACGCCAUGGUUGAGACUGAGCCGAGAAAAAGGAGGGACGACAACGACGAGGCCUGCAGGCAGAGGACGAAGGGCGCCUCCUCAGGAGAAGACGCCGACGACUGCGCAGGUGGCGUGGGUGUGGGCGCGGACGACGCGGCUCCAGGCGAGGAACGACCGAGCCCAGGCGUGCUCCUGGGCCGCGUCGACUGCUGCCUCCACAGUUUCCACCUCCACUGCAUUGAAGGAUGGUCGCGGCGCGAGACGACGUGUCCUCUGUGCAAGGCUGUCUUCACGGCGAUUGCGGCAUACGACCUGCGCACAGGCCGUCUCCUCGCUCAGCACGCCUGCGACGUCGUGUUCCAGGCGGACGCCUCUACCUCGGAGGAAGACGAUGAAGAGGAGGAGGAGGAGGCGCCGAGGGGCGCGCCUCGGAGGUCUCGACGAAUGAGCAGCCGAACUGCGGAGCGUCUGCCGGCGCCGAGCGCAGGCUUCUCCGGCGCGGAUGCGGGCGACCUCUGUCCCCCCUACGCCCGCUUCUGCGACUUUGAGCACGCGGCGAGGCGGAGGCAGAGGGAUGUCGACGGACAGGCGGCCCCAAAGCGAGGUCCUCCGCCGAGUGACCCUCGGCAACGCCCCCCAGGGGUGCAGCGUUCUCUGGACGUCUGGAUCGUCUUCUUCCUCUUCCGCUGCGCCUCGCGGCGAUUCCAGCGAAGCAGGAAGGGCGAGCGCGCAGGCCGAGCCGGCAAGGCGGCGCUCCAGGUGCUAUUCGAGUGCAGAUCGGCCGCUGCAGACUGCUAUUCGGCGGACGGAGCGGCACCUGGCGCGCCUCAAGUUCUUCAAUUUCACCACCACCCUGCAGCAGCAACCCGAAGCGGCGUGCAAUUUUCGCGGUGCCGUAUGGACGCCGGCGGCCGACACGACGUCGGGGAGCGCGGCAGCAGGGAAGACAUCUCCACAGUCUCAGGCAGAGACUCCUGCCUGUCUCGCCCAGACAGCGGCUGGCAAGCAUCCAGCCUGGAUCAGCAAGCCGGUCCGACGGCCGCUGACAGCAGUCCGUCGGGGAUCUGGAUCCCGAGCAGCAUGCGAGCCGGUUUGAACAACCGUGUGGCUGCCGUUUGCAAGAAUUUGGAGGCGCAGAACUGA